GGAGUUUAUAGUGUUGUUGACAAAUGUCAGAUGUUUCCGAUGAUCGUCGGGCUUAUUUAGGGAAGUAUGGAAGAGUGUUCCAGCCUGAGGUCGAGUGAUUCUGCAGGUACGAGUGAAGAGUAUGAGAUUGUGGAGAGUCUGGCAGGUCAGGACUCCGAGCCACAGCUAAACAUAGCCAAUAACGGCAGUAUGGAUGACCUGCAACAUGAACUUACAGAGGUAAUGAGGGAAAAAGCCCAAGACAGUUCUUCUCCAAAUGGCAGCCUCGACACAAGCGCAAACUCUAGCACAAAGAAAGAUGAUGACACUCCUUGUGAUGCCCUGCCAAUUCUGGACACUCAGACAUCUACUCUGAGCGAGGACUUGUGCAGCAACUCAGAGAACUUAAUUGACAAUAGAAACCUCGGGGAAAACAAUCCUAGUUUUUCGCAGACUGCAUCAGACGAUGACAUGGAGAGAGUUCAGGCAGAGGACGGGAGCGGCGAUUAUACAAUAUUCAAUAGAGUAACAUACUUGGGAGCAGCCUCCAUCAAUGCUCCUCGAAGUGAGGCUGAGAUCCAACGCAACAUGGCCAUACUAAAUGAUCAAGCCCAGGAGCAGGCCCUUGAGGUCUCUGUGUCUGUCCCAUCAAACUCUGAGGGCUAUGUCAUAAUUUAUGAUGCAACUACAAGCUCUGAGAUGACACGUUUCAAAAUUCAUCGUAUCCUAUUUUGUGCACGGGGAAAAGUGGAUACCUCAGAAGCAAGAUGUUUUGCCUUCACUUCAUCACAUGGGGACACACAUGAGACAGCCAUAUUCCAGUGUCAUGUAUUUCGCUGUCAGAUUCCAGAGGCAGUUGCUCGUGUUCUCAUCACCUUUGCUGCAGCAUUUCGCAGAAUUCCAAAGAGCAAAAUGAUAAAAAAGGAAGAGGAGCAACAUCAAACCCGACAGCAUCACUCAGAAUAUGAACACCUCUUCGACAUAUCGCUAGAAAUUAAGGAAGAGGAUAGCAAGGGUAAUUUCAAUGUAGUUCCUCGUGACAAAGAAUUCUUCAAGUUGCGAAGUAACAUUGAAAAGCAGCUCAUCCUGACCGUCUCUCCGGCUCCCCCGAGCACCCAGGCUAAUGCGAUCCAUGCAAGUUUAGAAGAUUUGUGCGUGCAACGUUGCUUCGGGCUUCUUGUUGCUCCAGGCCGCAGGGUUAAGCAUGCUGACAUGAAUCUUCUGGAGAUGGGUGGUAAAUACUGCAACCAUCUUCAGCUGCAGGAGCAGGCUAACAACCAUGACAAAAGAAAGAUACAGGUAUCAAUGGGAAGCAAUGCAAAUGACAAGAGAAGUUAUGUCAUAUCCGGUCAUUGGGACCCCACGGACCCUGUGUUCACUGAGCUUAAUCAGGAGACUCAGAGGGACAAGAGAGUCUUCAUGACAGUUGCCAUAGAUCUAGUCAUGAGAGGUAUUCAGGAGCCCGUGCGCUUCGUCAUAGAAACCAAAGUUCGCGUAUAUCCUCAGAAUGAGAGGUUUUGGUACUUCAGCAAGAAACCUCUGGUUCACCUCUUUUCACUCAAACUCAAGCAGGUUGAACACUCACCUCAAGGGGAUCAACAGUAUGUGGUAACAAGUGUUGACAACAUGGGAGAAGUGGAGCGAUGGCGACCAUCAGCCAUGUCCCUCUCUCUGAACCUGUCAUCACUAACGUCAUCAACACUCUCCUCUCUUUCAACUGGUCGUUCCCCCUCAAUAGCCUCAAUAGAAACACCAGGAUGCGAAGAGGAUUCAGAUGAUGACGAGCCCUUGCUAAGUGGUUCUGGUGAGGUGUCUAAGGACUGUCCUCAGGGAGAGUUAGACAUGUGGCGACAGGUGCUCCCCAAGUGGCAGGAUGCACGUGUACAGCUGCCCAAAGGCGUGUCAGGUCUGGUCAAGCGUGGCAUUCCUGAGGCACUUAGAGGGGAGGUGUGGCAACUCUUGGCUCGCUGUUGUGAUGAUACUGACAUGAUGGAGACCUACAGAGUGCUCAUUACAAAGGACUGUCCCAGUGAACAAGUGAUUCUCCGAGAUAUCAACCGCACUUUCCCGGCCCAUGACUACUUCAAGGAAGCCGGUGGAGUAGGCCAGGACUCCCUCUACAAAAUCAGUAAAGCUUAUGCUGUGUAUGAUGAAGAAGUGGGAUACUGCCAGGGGCUUUCCUUCCUCGCAGCAGCACUGCUUCUCCACAUGCCUGAGGAACAAACCUUCUGUGUCCUUGGUAAAAUUAUGUUUGAGUAUGGGCUGCGCGACCUCUUCAAGGAUGGAUUUGAGAUUCUCCAUAUGCGUUUUUAUCAACUUGGGAAGUUGAUGGAAGAACAACUCCCAGAUGUGUGGCAGCACUUCCAAGAGCAAGGUGUUGAGAUUCACAUGUUUGCUAGUCAGUGGUUCCUCACAUUAUACACGGCCAAGUUCCCUCUCUUCAUGGUGUUCCAUUACUUGGACCUCUUCCUGCUCACAGGCAUUGACUCUGUGUUCCAAGUGGCUCUGGCUUUAUUGCAGAUGUCCAAGAAAGAACUGCUGUCAUCUGACUUCGAGGGUAUUCUCAAAUACUUCCGGGUGUCACUGCCCAAGAAGUAUCGCAAUGAGGACACUGCCCGGCAACUGUUCAAGUUGGCCACAUCAAUCAAGGUGAAGAAGUUGAAGAAAUAUGAGAAGGAGUACUUGGCCAUGAAAGAACAAGAGGCUAUGCAGGAGGACCCUGUAGUCCGCCUGGAGCGUGAGAAUCGUCGUCUGCUGGAAGAUAACAUGAGGCUUGAGCGUGAAAAUGAUGAUCUAGCACAUGAGCUUGUUACUAGCAAGAUAAAUAUGAGAUACAGCAUGGAUAAGUUGGAAGACAAGUGUGAUAGUUUGAAUAAGGAGGUCACAAGUGUCAAUUCAAUGCUAAAGGAUGCUGAAGAAGAGAAGAAGCGCCUCCUCAUGGAAGCAAAUCAGGUUAAGGAAAUGCUAAAACGCGAGGUAGAAAAGGGUGAUGUGGAGUCCCAGAGAAACGGUGCCAUCAUCGCAGACUAUAAGAAAAUCUGCUCACAGCUCUCAGAAAGACUGGACAAGGAACAGGCCGCCAACGUCAAGACGAUCAACAUGUACAAGGCCAAGGUCUCUGCAUGUGAGAAGUGUAGCGGCAUUUUGUCUCCUGUGACGGGACCCCCAGGUGAACUAGGUGUUGAAGAAUCCCCGGUGGUAACCAAGCUACACCAGCAGAUUCGAGAGUUAGAGCUAGAGCUUGCACAGACCAAACUGGCCUUGGUCGAGUCUGAGUGCAAGAAUCAGGAUUUAACCCAUCAGCUGAGCACUGCAGUGACAGAGCUGCAAGCCACAAAGAACACAUGGUUUCAGAAGACUCUCACCUCCUUUUCUUCACUCAAGGAACGCACAGCUUCCACCAGCUCUAACAACCCAAGUGGAGUCACAUCCACUAGUAGCAACAUAACAGUUAGUGCCCUGCAGCGCCAGCAGAGCAGAGACAGCAACUCAGAGAAAGCAUAAGAGUGACUGCUUGAGCAAAAUUUAUAUGGAUAUUUGAUGUGAGAAUAGUUGGUGAGAUGAUUUCUAUGAGUGUGAUACUAUUUCUUUCUCAUUCUUUCCUCUUCUUGUUUUUCUUAAAGGAGCCAGAAUACUAGAAAAUACUAGCAGACAACAGAGAAAGAGAACUAUAUAGUGGCAGUAUGGUGAAUCAGUCAUAUAUUCAAUUUGACAAUAGUGCAUAUGGAGGUUGACAUGUUCUGAUGCUUCUGAGGUGUAAGGAAAUAUUGCAGUCAUACCUUUUAGCCUUAAGCAUUAGUCAUGAGAUACAUUCAGUACUUUGAAAUAUGAAAGCAUAUUCAGACUUUAAUAACAUUCAAUGUUUAUAUACAAAUGGACUUUUUCAAGAGGAUGUUUACAGAAGAAAAACACUUAAAUCUGUUUCACAGUAAGAUAAUACUUUUUAUUUUCAUGUUUGUAUGAUAUAUAUAUGAAAAGCAGUGUGUAAUGUAGAUAAUAUACCCUUUACAAAACAGAAUUUAUGUUGCGUGUAUCAGUAGAUAUAUCAGCAAGGUGACUUUCUUUCCUCUCUUGAGAUAAGAAAGUAUGUUUUCAUCUUCAAGAUCAAAUGUACACAGUAGUAACCAGAUGUCCCCUUGUCAUUGUAUAUGAGUCCAUGUCUCUUUAUAUUAACAUUCAGUGAAUGCUGAUGGUCACAAUACCUUGCUUAAUUACUUAGUAAACCAUAGCCACAACUUGCUUCUGGAGGGGACAUAGAUUGUCCUACUCUCAUUGUGGGUCUGCUUUUACUGGGUUCACAAGUUGAUGAUUGAUAAUGAAAAUAUCAGUGAUGAAUGUCUCAAAGGCCUUGAAGCUUGUUACUCUGAACAGAGAUGUAUCAGAUAUUUUUUCAUGAUUAUAGAAAAGUGUAGUAUAUUUUGAUGGUGUUUUGAGGUAUUGCAUUACUUUUGUGGGAUAUUUCACCUGCUUCCAAAUGCUUCAUAGUUAUCCACAGUGUAAAAAUAAACAAAUGAAUAGGGAAAGAGAGGGAAGGAGAAUUAGAAUUAGAAUCUGUGUUAUUUAUAACAAAUGGAGGAGUAGAUGAAUCAGCUGAAGUAAAUUUUUAACAAAGCAAAAGAUGCAUCACAAUAAUGUUAUUUUCUAGCCUCAGUGAUUAUGCUCUUCUGUAAAAGCCAUUGUGCCCAGACGCAGAAGAUGGCUGCUAUAAAAUCACUGCAGUUGGAUGUAGUUGUUUCAGUUAUUCAUAUUUUAUAAUGAAACAUAGAUAUGUGAUCUUCCUGGCCAUUAGUAGUGUUGGCUUUACCCAAUUGUAGGAACUGGAGUCUGUUUUUGGACGAAUAUAUCUGCCAUUAUUGUAUGUAAAUGGCUUUAUUACCUAUGUCAUGAACAGAUGUAGCAGACAUUUACUGUAUGACAUAAUAAUAGUUCAAGCUUCAAUGUAUGGACAUUAGCAAACACUCCAUGUGCUGGCUAGGUUUCACAUGAAGGGAAAAAGAUCCAUGGAUUUCAAAUAUCUGGUUGAAUAUACCUGUUCUGGCCAUAAGAAGCCUAGAUUUUCAAGAAGAAAAGAUAAAAGGUAUUCUGUUCUGUCUUUGGAAGAUAGGCGUGAGAUAUUGAGUAUGAAUAUUUGUUAUAUUAGGACUUGCUAGUCUAACCAUAUACAUAAGGAAGAAGAUAUAAGUGUAAAAGCUCUGGAAGGUAUAUAGGUCACUGCCAAAGUAUCUAGUGGAAAAGAAUAUUAUUAAUGGUAUGUAAAACCAUUUAUCAGUGUAGAUCUCAGUGUCAGUUCUCGUAUUUAACUCAUCCAACUAGCUCUUAGGACCAAGUUUGAUUUUUUUUGUUUGCUCUGUUUGUCAGCUUGUUUAUAGUGUAACAUGGUUACUAAAGGGUCUAGUCUUUUCACUCUUCAGCAUUGACAGGAACACACAAGAAAUGAUAAGAUAUUUAUUUGUUUCUCUUUUUUUUUUUCUUUUUUUAUCGUUUUUCAUUUUAGGAUCUGAUUAAAGAGAGCAGAGUUGGACACGAAAGAACUCAAAUUUUGCAUUGAAAUAUGAGGUCCCAUGUUGAUACUUGUCAUUACAAACAAAACAUCCAGGAGCAUAUAGCAUCCAAAAGUGAGAAGAUCAAUGGGAUUAUUUCAUCCAAAAGAUAAAGAAGAAGAAGAAGAAAAAACAAAGAUAAGAACUGCAAAUGCUUCAUUUUCAAUUCAUCUGCUCUUCCUUUUAAAGGACUAUAUAGCCUUGCCCUUUCUUCUCACCCUUGCUGUGUCUCUUUUGUAUCGAACACCCAGUUGUUUGGAUUAGGGUCAUCUCAUUAUGAGGUGGUAAUUUUGCGUCUUCGGUAAGUUAUCACCGCCUUGCGUAUGAUACUCCUUGUCUGAUUUUGCUUGACGUCUGGCAGUGUGUACAUAGUGUAUCUCUUAAAUAUGAUAGUAAUGGUUACUUUCCUGCUAUUUUUGAUACAUUUUCUUUUAUUUUGUUUAUAUUUUGAGGAUAGUGAUAGAUUUCUUUUUUUUUCUCUCUCUCUCUCUUUCCUUUAUAUUGUCUUUUUAAUGAUGGUGAUCUUCCUCUUUAACUUAUUAUUAUUUUAUUGUUAUUACUAAUAUGAUUAUCAUUAAUAUUGGCAUUUUUGGU